AGUAUUAUAGACGAUUAUCGUUAUCGUAAGAAUGUAGAUAGUAUUUAUUAUGUCAUCCCAGGUGGGGUAAUAAAAGGCACGGGUCGCCAGUUCGAUCUCGACGACGCAUCGGUGACAAUGCCGGUCAAUAUAUGCGACGUAAAAUAUUUUAUUAUAUUUUAAAACAAUAUGAAUAUAAUAUUCUCGUUUGCUGUGAUAGCAUAUACAUGCACCACCGUAAACGGAAAUGUGUAUUUCCAUGCUAAAAAUCGAAAUAAUGAGUGGUGGUCAAACACAAUAACAUAUCAAGUGUAUCCAAGGUCAUUUAAAGACAGUGACAAUGAUGGUAUUGGUGAUUUAAAAGGUAUUAUCCAAAAACUAGAUCAUUUUGUUGAUCUCGGUAUUGAGACUUUAUGGAUUGGUCCACUUUUCAAAUCACCUAUGGAUGAUAUGGGAUAUGAUGUUGAAGACUAUUAUAAGAUAGAUCCUAUAUUUGGAACAAUAACUGAUUUUGAUGAACUUGUAUUAGAAAUGAAGAAACGAAAUCUUAAAUUAGUAAUAGACUUUAUACCUAAUCAUUCAAGUUAUAAAUGUGAGUGGUUUAAGAAAUCAAUUGAAAGAGAAGACAAAUACACAGAUUAUUACGUUUGGCGUAACGCAUCAAACCAAGAUGAAGUUUUAAGAAAUUCAACAAUAAAACCAAAACCUCCAAAUAAUUGGUUGAGUAUGUUUGGUGGUACUAGCUGGACAUGGAAUAAAGAACGACAACAAUUUUAUUUACAUAAAUUCAGUUCAAAACAACCUGACUUUAAUUUGAGAAAUCCAAAAGUUCACAAAGACAUUUUGAAUAUAUUUGCAUUUUGGAUGGAUAGAGGUGUUAUUGGAUUCCGAAUUGACGCUACUAGACAGUUAUAUGAAAGUGAUUUAUUCCUUGAUGAACCUUGUCUAAUGAGCGACUACGAAUGUACAAUAAACUUUCAUAGUUUAAAUCAUAUUUAUACUCAAGAUCAACCUGAAAACAUUGAAAUUGUAAGAGAAUGGAGAGAAUUCAUCGAUAAUUAUACGAGAAAUAAAAACAUCCCAUUCUCUAGUUAUAUAGGCACCGAAGCCUACGCACCGAUAGAUGUAUUAAUGCAAUACUACGGCAAUUCAACGAAACCUGGGGCUAAUGUACCAUUUAACCUUAGAUUAAUAAGAAAUGUGGAUAAAAGUAAUAUAAUUGAAUCCAUAGACAAAAUUGUUAAAGAUUGGCUAGAUAAUAUGCCUGAAAAUCAGGUGGCUAAUUGGGCGAUGGAAAAUCAUGACAACCCAAGAACACCAACCAAAUAUAGUCCUGAAAUGGCGCCACUCUUUACAGCUUUGAAAUUAUCACUCCCUGGUAUAGAAAUUACAUACUAUGGUAGCGAAAUUGGCAUGGAAAAUACUUAUGUGAGACCAGACCAAUCACAAGAUCCUAAUUAUGUGGGAGGUAAAAAUUCCGGUCGAUCCAGAGAUAAUGAAAGGUGUCCAAUGCAAUGGGAUAGUUCAAUAAACGCAGGAUUUACCAAAGGGAAACCUUGGUUGCCAGUAAAUCCAAAUUAUUAUAAACUAAACGUCGAAUCACAGAAAAAAAUACCAAAUAGCAACUACAAUUUUUACAAAAAAAUGUCUCAACUUCGGAAAACCGAUACAUUAAAAUAUGGUGAUCUUCAAACGUAUAAUAUUACUAAAUCGAUAUAUAUUUUAAAGAGGUCAUUAUUGGAACGUGAAUCGUACAUAGUUGUAAUGAAUUUUGGAAGUGAAACAGAAACCGUCAUAUUGUCCAAUAUCAUGAAAAGCCCCAAAGAAGAACUUUACGUAUACUUAGGAAGUGAAAAUUCUGCAUAUAAUACCGGAAGUAUUGUAUCAACUGUUUCUUCAACUGGUAAUCCAGUGAAACUACGACCACAAUCUGUAGUCAUAUUAACAGAUAAAUUUAUUGCACCCGAAACACCAACAAUUAAUAUUCAAAAUGCGAGCACACAAAUCGGUUCCACGUUAUUUAGUUUACUCAGUGUUCUUUUACUUUUAAGAUAUUUCUUAUGAAUUUAUCUUUCAUUAAUCAUGAUACAUUCGUACAAUAAUUAGUUAUAACUGAUUUUAGUUUAAAUUUUAAAUAUUUAUGUCUUUGUUGUAAUUCUUUUGUUUAGCAUGUGUUAUUCAAUAAAAUUCUUAUAUUUAUGAACCAA